AUGGCUGACGAGAAUUGCGUCUCCGGCAGCGAUGCUGGCCGUUCGUUCUAUGGCCCCCGGGCUCUAGGCAUGCAGAGUUGCUCUGGUAUUUCUGCCAUACUGACCUUUGAUGAGCUCUUCAUCAGCGGUGGUAAUGCCCACACCGCCAAGGAGGAUGCCCUCGCAAAGCUCGGCGGCCUGCCAGCAGACCUAUCCACAGUCGAUAAGGCCGACCUCACCUUCCUCGAUAGCGUCAACAAGACUGCCAACCAGGCCGAGAGGGGGCGCUUACGACGCCUGCAGGCCGAGCAGGCGCAGGGCAAGAACGUGACGGCUCAGCUCGAGGAGGAGACCAAGAAGCUCGAAAAGAGCGUCGCAGACGACGUGGCCAACGCCGGCGAGCCCGCCACUGCCCUAAAGUUUGACGCCUCCAUCGACAACCCAGCCGCAUCCGAGGUGCCCAAAUACGAUGCGGUGGCGGCCAAGGCGGGAGAUGUCAUCAGCUAG